CCCGACCCCGGAUAAGCGGAGGAAAAUGGAUGGAUGGAUGGAGUUUUAUAAAAUAUUUACAUUCCAAUCCAACAAUCAAGUUAUCUUCUCUUUAUCCCUGGAUUCUAUUCUAUUCUAUUCUGUCUCUCCGGAUGCCUCUAAGCAUACCAACCUUCACUUGUGCACAUAAUUUAACCUUAAGUGCAGAGAAAAGCCUUCUCAUUGAUGACCUUGAUGGCUCCUUUAUUUUGUCAUGUCUUACGUGAGCACAGAGAUGUUUAAGUAGCAACAUGUAAGCUUUUACACAUUUCAUCUAAUGAGCUGCUUAUUUGUUUUUGCCCCAUUUACAGCUAAACAUGUUCAGGAUGGAAAGUCCCAGCAGCUUUUCCUCUUUGCAUUUAUCUAUUUAUUCCAGACUGCACAACAGUUUUCACAAUCUGUGUAAAGUCAUGGAACCUCGCUGACACUCAAUCUAUCUACUAACAGUGAGAAGAACUGUUUCCAAGUUGAGCAGCUUAGAGAGAUAACAAUGAUGGAGUCCUGAAUGCAGACACAUGGUGACUGACGUGCCCUGCAGCUUUCAGGUGGUGCAUGUUCCCUGAGCUCAGGAUGAGAGGAAGGGUGAUGGAAGGUCUGCACACAUCGGAAUACUUUCUCUCUGCAUGCUGCUGGACUUGCAGUGUGAGAUAACUCUUCUUAUCCUGUGUCUGUGUGUGAACCUCAUUUCUUUCUUUCUUCAUUUGUCUUUCGACCUGUUCCUCCAGCCAGCAGUACACAGAGGUGUAGGCCCGCCAGGUGCUCAGGUGUCUCUGGAGCAGCAGGCCUACAUGCUGCUAACGGAGCCAGAGAGGCAGACCAUGGCCUACUACCUGCAGGAGUACAAGGAGGGACACAUAGAAGUGGAGCCGCUGGCCAUGGCUCUGUUUGAGCUCUUUAACACACAUGCAAAGUUGUCCAUGUUGUCUGAGGUGAGGAGUCUGGUUGCUCACCAGGACCUUGAGUUGUACGACAGGCUGGUGUUGCACCGUGAGAGGGAGGCCAACCAGAGCUGGCAUGGAGGCCUGGGAGUGCUCCAUCCACAGGGCCACUGUCACCACUUCCCUUGUGUGAUCCAUGAUACAGACCAAGCCGUCCCUGCUACGACUGAUGGCACAAUUGGUGAAUGGACAGAAAACCACCAGGAAGAGAACACAAAUGCCUUACAAGACAUUGAACUGGAUGAAAGGCAGGCUUCAAAUGAAUCUCCUCCAUUCUUCAGGACUGCCCCUCUCCAGGCUCAGACCAAGCCGUCUAAAGAGAAGGAGCAUAGCCGGAAGCCUUCAGCUUGGCGGAUGCAGCCCCGUUCCAGCUUGCUCUUCACUGGCCCCACCUGGCUGCUCCAGGAGUGCCUCCACAAGUCACUCAAAGCCCUCCCCACCACCCACCAGCCCUCACCAGUCUCUGCCUAUCACACAUGCUCUGGUGCAAGCCACCAUGCUUCGCUAAAUGCUCUCCAUCACACCUGCCAGAGUUCCCUUCAACUCUCUAAAUCUGAACACCAGAACCACCCCCACUUUGCUCAUCACUUCCACCACCAUGCUGCCCACCACAGCCAGCCCAGUUCAGGACACCACACCUGUCCAGGCUUCCUACACCACCGAGACUCCUCCAGCUCUGCAAAGCCAGAGGCAUCUGUCAAACUCGCUUCCAGAUCCAGCUCCUAUGAGAAGUCCACCUACUUGUCAAAGUCUGCGUCCUCUUCCAAGGCAGCCUCUCCCAUGCAAUCCCGUCAUCCAUCACCCCAUCUCUCGCCAUGUCCCUCCCCCUGCCCCUCUCUCAUCACACCUACUGCUCCACCCUGUAGUCUUGACCGUCCCUGCUCACCUGCCCUCACCCAGAAUGUCAUCAUAACAAACAUGAACCGGCUGUCUGCAGACUCCACACAACAGCAAAGAGGGUCCACCCUGUCCCAGCUGUCAGACAGUGGCCAGACUCUGAGUGAGGACAGCGGGGUGGAUAUCACUGAAGCAGGAGGCCUCAGUAAGCAUGGCAGCCCUCGACCCAGCAAGAACCAGCAGGGCACUCUGGAACAGCCAGGGACCCAUGCACUUCUUCCAGGGUCCAGACAACAGACUGGCUCACCGGGCCCAGUUCCCACAGCUACCUUGGUAAGAGUGGCGAAAAAUGCCAACACCCUUGGCAUUGCUAUAGAGGGCGGAGCCAACACACGCCAACCAUUGCCGCGCGUAGUCACCAUUCAGAAAGGAGGCUCUGCUCAUAACUGUGGUCAGCUGAAGGUGGGUCAGGUCAUCCUGGAGGUCAAUGGUGUUUCCCUCAGAGGUCGGGAGCACAAGGAUGCUGCUCAGAUCAUCGCUGAGGCGUUCAAGACCAAAGACAAGGACCAGAUAGAGUUCCUGGUUGUUGAGCCAGGACUCUAGCGUGAGGACUCUGCACUUCAUGCGGCCUUAGAAGAAAGAUGAUGUUUUAUCAACUCCUCAACUCCUCGUUCUGAUCGGAGGAAAGAUAUUUGAUUAUUGCAAGAGAAGGAUAUUACAUUAAUAUUUGCCACAAUAGUCAUAUGAGAAUUAAAUGCUGUUUUUCUUGUUUCACUCGUCUUCAAACCUUGAACUUUAUUGUAUGUUUUCCACAGGACUGAAUUAGUACUGAUACUGUGGGUGGCACAACAACUCAUUUUAACACAGACAGUCAGUGAAGUCAGUCUUCAAGUGUCUCGUAUCUGUUGUUCUUGAGACGGUAUGUGGGGGGGGCAGAGCUGCUCUGAAGAAAGACAUCUCUUCAUGUGUAAAUUGUGUAAAUUACAGCAAGAAUCUUAUCUUAUCUAUAACAUCGUACUCCACAAGUUAAAUACUGUGAUCUGUGAGCAUGAGGCAAACAGGGCAACACGUGUUGAAAACAAGCAGUUUAGGAAGAUUAGCUACUCAUUCAUUCUGAGGAUGACAUUAACAGAGAGAACACCCUAAACAGCAGCAGAGAUCUGUCAUCGCACUGAAAACAUUCGGAGUAUGUUCACUUUAAUUUGUCCCAAUAAAGCGGAAGCUAAUCUCCCUAAACAGCUUCUAAUGAGCUCACCACUCAACUGUAACACUUAUUGUGAUGUCACCAUAUUCUGAGAGCUAUGGUUGAAGUGUAAAUAUUAAUAUCAAGCAGAAAGAUGAUAUAUAUAUAUAAUAGAUAAAUGUGCCGACUAUGUAUUUUUCAAGUUACUAAAAGUAUAAUAUUUCAUAAUAUGAGCUUCCCUGUGUGCUGCUCUCUGUUUAUUGAGCUUCAGAUAUUAUAUUAUAUUUACUGGCAGCUCGACUGCAGCUUUACGGUUCAUUAGAACAGAAGAUGUUCUGCCGCCGGCCUCUGAUGAGUUCACAUGGACGUGAACGUCUGACGCCUGACCGACAAACUAAAACACACAUUCAUGCAUUUAUCAUAUCUCACACAGCAUUUAUUGGGAAAUGUUUUAACAAGACUACAUUGUCUCCCAUUGUUCAGUGUUAAGAGAAGAGUUAUUAAGAGGAUCGACAGAAUUCUGCCUUUCAUUCUUUAAUUUAAUUCAUCUACGAACAAUCAAACAGAUUUAUACACAAGCAGCUCCUUCACAGUGACCAAAGUAUCUCUCUAGUGCUAUAUGUACUUUAUAACUACAACACAACUGUUCAUUAUAUGACAGGUUGUAUAUAAUGUAGAUUAAUAUUACUCUACAUAUUUUUUAUAAUUUUAAAUAGUUUACAAUAGAAUAUAAUUUAUAUUUCAUAAGUUAAGACGACUUCAUGCUCAUAUUUUAUGUCUUCCCCAAAUAGCUUGAAGUGCAGGACGUCCCAUGUUCUCUCUCAACACGUGUAAACACCGACACAGUGCAGAUCACUGAUGUCCCGUGUUCUCUAUAGAACCAGAUGCAAACACACACAGUGCAGAUCACUGAUGUCCCGUGUUCUCUAUAGAACCAGAUGCAAACACACACACAGUGCAGAUCACUGAUGUCCCGUGUUCUCUAUAGAACCAGAUGCAAACACACACAGUGCAGAUCACUGAUGUCCCGUGUUCUCUAUAGAACCAGAUGCAAACACCGACACAGUGCAGAUCACUGAUGUCCCGUGUUCUCUAUAGAACCAGAUG